AUGGCUUUCAACUUCGGGGCCCCCGCGGGCACCGCGGCCGCUGCUGCCGCCGCCACAGCCGCUCCCGCCGGAUUCGGGGGGCUCGAGGCCACCAACCCCCCCGCCAGCGGGUUUAAUUUUGGGGGUUUCGGCCUAGCCGCAAACCCCGCCGUCAACUUUAACAUUGGGAGUUUCGGUGUGGCCACCACCUCGGCGCCCCCCUUCAAUUUCGGUAACAGCCUGGCCACCGCAGGUGGGUUCGGAGGGUUCGGAACCACGACCACCGCGGCCAGUUCUGCGUUUAGCUUUUCCGCCCCAACCAACACAGGCACAACAGGUCUCUUUGGUGCUACCCAGAACAAAGGUUUUGGAUUUGGAACCGGCUUCGGCACAGGAACGGGAACAAACCCCGGCCUCGGGGCCGGUUUGGGAGCCGGGUUGGGCUUCGGAGGAUUCAACACGCAGCAGCAGCCGACCACUUUAGGCGGCCUCUUCAGUCAGCCCACGCAGGCUCCUCCCCAGUCCAACCAACUGAUAAACACGGCCAGCGCCCUGUCCGCCCCGACGCUCCUGGGGGACGAGCGGGACGCCAUCCUGGCGAAGUGGAACCAGCUCCAGGCCUUCUGGGGGACGGGCAAAGGCUACUUCAGCAACAACAUCCCGCCCGUGGAGUUCGGCCAGGAAAACCCCUUUUGCCGCUUUAAGGCGGUGGGCUACAGCUGCAUGCCCAGCAACAAGGACGAAGACGGCCUGGUGGUCCUGGUCUUCAACAGGAAGGAAACGGACAUUCGCGGCCAGCAGCAGCAGCUGGUCGAAUCGCUCCAUAAAGUUCUGGGAGGGAACCAGACCCUCACCGUCAACGUGGAGGGGGUGAAGACGCUGCCGGACGACCAGACGGAAGUCGUCAUUUACGUCGUGGAGCGUUCUCCAAACGGGACCUCCAGGAGAGUUCCCGCCACCACCCUCUAUGCUCAUUUCGAGCAAGCGAAUAUAAAACCCUCCUUACAGCAGCUGGGGGUGACCCUUUCCAUGGCGCGAACUGAGCUCUCUCCGGCACAGAUCAAACAGCUCUUGCAGAAUCCUCCCGCUGGCGUUGAUCCGAUUAUCUGGGAACAGGCCAAGGUGGACAACCCUGAUCCCGAGAAGUUGAUUCCGGUACCGAUGGUCGGGUUCAAGGAACUGUUACGAAGGUUGAAGGUCCAGGAUCAGAUGACUAAGCAACACCAGACCCGAUUAGAUAUCAUCUCUGAAGAUAUAAGCGAGUUGCAGAAGAAUCAGACCACAACUAUGGCCAAAAUAGCCCAGUACAAGAGGAAGCUGAUGGAUCUUUCCCAUAGGACCCUGCAGGUCCUGAUCAAGCAGGAAAUCCAGAGAAAGAGCGGAUACGCCAUCCAGGCCGACGAGGAGCAGCUCCGAGUCCAGCUAGAUACGAUCCAGUGCGAGCUCAACGCCCCCACCCAGUUCAAGGGUCGGCUAAACGAGCUGAUGUCGCAGAUCAGGAUGCAGAACCACUUCGGCACGGUGAAGUCGGAAGAGCGGUAUUACAUAGACGCAGAUCUGCUCCGGGAGAUCAAGCAGCAUCUGAAACAACAGCAGGAAGGCCUGAGCCACUUGAUCAGCAUCAUCAAAGACGACCUCGAGGAUAUCAAACUGAUAGAACACGGCUUGAAUGAGGGCAUCCACAUCAGAGGGGGGGUCCUCAGUUGACACUGCCAGCCCUGGGGCGGGGGGAGCGAUGGGCCGGCGCGGCCGCCGCCGGGUCCACCGUCUCCGGACUCCUUCGGGGCCGAAGCCGGCCCGUCCGACGAGAAAGCGAGGCCAGUCGCUGGCCCAGCUCUCCGAACGGGACGGUCGGCGGGGCCGAGCCGAAUUUACUGAAAAAGUUUUAAAAAAUAAAAGGACCCGACACCCGGGUACCGUUAGGUGGGUUCGGCGGCGGAAAAAUCAGCGUCCGAGACGUCGCCGAGCUUUUACCCGCCUUUUCGCGGCCGGUAAAAGUAGAAGAAGAAGGCGGCUUUGCACAGAGUACACUGUUGGAAACCCCUCUCUGACAGCAAAUUUGUACCUGGUGGAAAACGGAAGCCGGUUUCUAUAAAGCCCUCCGUCAUCCAUGGACGAAGUAAAGAGGGAUUCUGAGAUACCGAUUUGGCUUUCCUUUGGGACGACGGGGGUUUUGAAAAGUCUAUUUUUAUAUCGUUUCUCUGGAACGGUCCGAAUAAGUUCUCUCCGCGUCCUUUGGAAACAACCAAAUUUCCGUCUCCUUCCUAACACUGACCUUGCUUUCCUUUUUGGCAUUUUCACUUCCGUAAAAGAUGACAACUUCUUAUAAAUAAACUCCCGCUUUGUGAUACCUUUUCUACAACA